AUGCAUGGCAUUAUAUACCGCAACUCGCUGAUGUUCUUCUCACACAUAACAAGAAGUCAAAGGAUUGGGAAUCCACUACUCAAGCUUGACAGGGAUGUCCCCGCGACAUUUGAGUACUUCUGGUCUCAUGGUAUGAUCUCUGACGAAAUAUUUCUGGCCAUAAACAAGGGUUGUGAUUUUGAGGAUUAUACCUUCAAUAACCCCCAUAACGAGAGCAAGUCUUGCAAUGACGCCAUUGCGGAGGCAAAUGGUAUAGUUGGGAAUUAUGUCAAUAACUACGAUGUUAUUCUCGACGUCUGUUACCCAUCAAUUGUGAUGCAGGAGCUACGGUUGCGCAAAUAUGUGACCAAAAUCAGUGUAGGAGUGGAUGUUUGCAUGACCUAUGAAAGGUUUUUCUACUUCAAUCUUCCAGAAGUGCAGCAUGCUCUUCAUGCUAAUAGAACACAUCUACCUUAUGGCUGGAGCAUGUGCAGUGAUGUGCUGGAUUACAGCGGUAAGGAUGGUAAUAUCAACAUCUUGCCUUUACUUCAGAGAAUCGUGGAGCAAAAGAUACCAGUUUGGGUAUUCAGGUAUGUAACCUUUUCCUAUUUUAUUUCAGAUAAUUUGUUUAAGCCCAUGUGAAAUUUGCCAU